AUAUAAUACUUCGAUGUCUUUCAUGAUACUUAUCUAAAAAAUGUAAACACAAAAAUUUCGGUUUUUCCCACAACUUGAACUCCUUUAUCCACAUUGAUUCGAAGUUUUCAAAGUGAAUUUUGAGAUCUUGUUAAAGGUCAAAAAAAUGAACAAAAAUUUAGGGCCACAUAAUGUACAAGUAACCUUGUUUCUGAAAACUGUGUUUUUGAAUGCACAUUUCAACAUCAAAUGUACAAUACUUGAUUUCGAUAUGACCAUUAUUGAGAUCGGUAUAAUAACACAAAAAAAUGAAUUGGAUCGCAAAAAUAAUACCACAUUGCUGGUUAGCCGAACCUUGAAAAUUAAUCACAUUAUUUUAAUAACUACUACUGUCGCUUAAAAUUUCAUUUGCACCAUGUCCAAGGCACUCGCUUAAGUGGCAUUUUAUCGCCGCCACAGUACAUAAUUGAAACAGUCAACAUGUGGUAUGAUUUUCUUCGAAGUAUGUAGGUAGUGUAUAUCGAAUAACUCAACUUGCACCAUCAUCAUGAAAUCGUUGUCGGUUGUUUUGGUGCUCACCAUUUCGUUAGCUUGCGCUCGAGCUACUCCAGGCUUUGCAGACACAAAAGAAGGCAUGCAAGAAUGCAACCCAUCCAAUACAUUUCAGCGAAAUCCUCAUUUAAAAAUUUUGGAUCUCAUAACUACUGGUGCAAACGUUCAACUCAAACACGCAGAAAAAUGCUUUUUGCUCUGCCUCCUUCAGAGAAGUAACCAAUUCGACAAGAACGGUUACCUACGCAACGGUGCAGCAUAUGUCAAAGAACUCCUGGACCUUUACAAAGAAAUCGCAAAAUACAGUGAUAUACUGAUGGCUCAAAUAUUCCACAUCGCCAGAUUAGCCAGAAGUUUUAAUGACAAAUGCGAAACAGCUUUCGUAAUGUAUCACCAUAUCAGCAUGGCUAUUUUGGCGUUGCGAACGGCUAGAGGCAUAGAAGACAUUACCCAUACCAAACAUAAAAUUGUCAACAUAGUAGAGAGCACACAAAUCGCCGAUCAACAAACUACUCAACAACUUGAACAAUACUUCGAAUUUUUUGAUACACUGAUCAAUGACGAAGCAACAUGGGAGAACAAGACGAAUAAUACUUCCACCAUGCCAUUUUGUCAGCUGCAAAAAUCUAUGAAAACUACGCGUCCAACCACAUUUUCGAUAUCGCACAAACCCUCGACCAUCAGGUGUUCACCAAAUUAAUAAAUUGAAAGUUGAUACCGA